AUGGCUGAACAACGCGCCACCUCCGAUACUCGCCUCCACCUCUCCGUUGCACCGCCAUUGCAGAUCUCCAAAGAUGUCCAAGGAUCUGACAAUCCCAUUCCGCUCUCACCUCAGUGGCUUCUGCCAAGGCCGGGGGAGAGUAAACUUGGAUCAGGAUCUGUGGAGAACCACAUGAUCUCAAAUCCAACAUAUGGCUAUCGCUCAGAGACUGUUAAGACAUCUGGAAAUGGAGAGGAUGUGCAUGAUGUCCAUAAGAAAAAAGAUGUCUUUAGGCCAUCCAUGUUUGACACAGAAGGUGGGCGUCGUGACCGUUGGCGUGAUGAGGAGAGAGACACCAAGUCCUCCAUCAGGAAGGAUAGAUGGAGGGAUGGGGACAAAGAGCUAGGUGAUUCUCGCAGAGUGGAUCGAUGGACAGAUAAUUUAUCUGCAAAGAACUUUGCAGAAGUACGGCGUGGUGCAUCUGAUAAUCAUAGGUGGAGUGAUUCAGGAAACAGAGAAACUAACUUUGAUCAGCGGCGUGAAAGUAAAUGGAACACCCGCUGGGGUCCUGAUGACAAGGAACCGGAAGGUGUCCGUGAAAAAUGGAGUGACACCGGGAAAGAUGGUGAUAUACAUUUGGAAAAAGGUCUGUCUAACAUUUCCAGUCAGGGAAAGGAUGAGAAGGAGGGAGAUCAUUACCGGCCAUGGAGACCUAACUAUUCACAAAGCCGAGGAAGGGUAGAUCCUUCCCAUACAACCCCAAGCAAACCAAUCUCUACAUUUUCCUAUGGGCGUGGCCGUGGGGAGAAUACACCCCCAGUCUCUACUAUUGGACAUGGCCGGGCUGGUUCUCUUGGUAGCACUUUGAGUACAUACCCUGGAACUGCAUUGGAGAAAGUUGAAAGUGGGCAUGAAGAACCUAGCCGCUUCAGAUAUAACAGGACAAAAUUGCUUGAUGUGUACAGAGUUACUGGUAUGGGUACAAAUAGAAAACUAGUUGAUGAUUUUGUGCAGGUAACUAAUCUUACUCAGGAUGAACCGUUGGAGCCUCUAGCUAUUCUGGCACCAAAUUCUGAGGAACUGAGUGUCCUAAAGGGUAUUGACAAAGGGGAGAUAAUAAGCAGCGGUGCACCUCAGGUGCCAAAAGAUGGAAGGAGUUCGACAGAUUUUACUCAUACAAGAAGAACGAAGUCUGGAAGUGCACCUUUUCAAGAUAGAGGUGAAGAUGGAAGUUCUUACAAAGUGCCUGAAGAGGGGCCAAGUAAUAGAGAUUCAACUUUUGAAGGAAAUACUUCUGUUCAUGCUGGUGCCCCAUGGCGAACAAUGUCGCAUGGUGAUCAUGCUAACCAGUUUCACAAUAGCAGAGAUGUAACUAGUGAUGUUAGAUUGAGAAAAACAGAUAUUGGUUCACACCAGCCGAAAGAUCCUCAUAAUGAGUGCAUCACAGAGAGUUUAGGUUAUAAAUCUACCUCCAAAGAAGUAGGUAAGUGGCAAGCUAGUGAAGAUCCUGUUAUUAAGAGGCAGUUGUCUGGCAUUUUGGACAGUGAACUUGAAACCAGAAGAGGUCAACAGACUGUUCCAGAGGAGUUAUCCCUUUUGUAUAAAGAUCCUAAGGGUCUAAUCCAAGGCCCAUUUAAAGGAAUUGAUAUUAUUGGAUGGUUUGAAGCUGGAUAUUUUGGUAUUGAUUUACCUGUUCGUCUGGAAAAUGCAGUGGCCGACUCACCAUGGUUGUCUCUUGGUGAUGUCAUGCCCCAUUUACGGGCCAAAGCCCGACCACCACCUGGGUUUACUGCACCAAAACCAAAUGACUUUACAGAUAUUUCUGUCAGGCAAAUUUCCGGUACAUUUGGGAAUACUCUUGCUGGUUUGAAUGAGGUUGACAUUUUGAGAAAUGAUUCUAUGCAUAGGCAGAAUCCUGAUACAGAAGCUGAAAAUAGGUUUCUGGAGUCACUUAUGUCUGGUAGCAAGAACAGUCCUCCCCUUGAUAGCCUGACGUUGUCAGAAGGUCUACAAGGGUUUGUUGGAAAUAAUCCAGGUAAUAUGGGUCCAUCAGGAGUUGAUAAUGGAAAUAAUCUUUACUUGCUUGCCAAGAGGAUGGCACUUGAACGACAGCGGUCCAUACCUAGUCACUACCCAUAUUGGCCAGGACGUGAUGCAGCUUCAUUUGCUCCAAAACCGGAUGUUGUCCCAGAUGCCUCCUUGCAUUCUAAACUAUUGUCUUCAGUGAGUGAUAACUCUCGUCAACCUCAGUCCCAAAGUUCCGAGUUAAUGUCACUCAUCCAAGGUUUAUCUGAUAGGACAUCUGCAGGCCUAAAUAAUGGUCCUGCUGGCUGGCCUAAUUAUCCUUUACAAGGUGCAUUAGAUCCCCUACAGAAUAAAAUUGACUUGCUUCAUGAUCAAAAUUAUCCUCAAAUGCCAUUUGGAAUUCAGCAGCAAAGGCCAUCGGCACAAAACCAACUGUCUUUAAGCAAUUUACUGGCUCAAGCUGCUGAUAACCCAUCUAAUGCUUUGGCAGCAGAGAAGCUACUUUCUUCUGGUUUAUCACAAGAUCCGCAAAUAUUAAAUAUGUUGCAACAGCAAUACUUGUUGCAACUGCAUUCUCAGGCAGCUGCUCAAGCACAGCAGAUCCCCUUGAUUGAUAAACUCCUGUUGCUGAAGCAACAACAGAAGCAGGAGGAGCAGCAGCAAUUACUGCGACAACAGCAAUUGCUUUCUCAAGUGUUGCAAGACCAACAGUCUAGCCAGCUUUUCAGCAAUUCAUCUUAUGGACAGUUGCAAGGUGUAUUGCCCAUGGGGAAUUUGCGUGUGGAACCUUCUCAACUUCAAUCACCCCAAGAGAUCUUUCCCAUGAGCUCUCAGGCACCAAUCCCCAAUGUGCAUAAUGAGCACAAUUCCAGUUCUUUGAAUCUACCACCGAAAGCUAGUCAAGAUACAAAUUGUAAUGUAAGCAGUGAAGCUUCUAUACGUCUGCCUCACCAAUUAUAUGGGGAUACUGGUCGUCCAGAUAAUUGGGUCCCUAAUCUUACUGAACAGAUUAAUGAUAAAUAUCUGAAGGAAUCAUUGCCGAUAUCAUCAACUUAUAUUGAGAGUUCUACAUUGCUUGAUCAGAACAGAUCCAAAGAAGAACCAUUCAUUGUGCAAGAACCUCCUUCUCUUAAAGAUUUCACUUCCAAGUCAGUAGAACAGGUGCCGCCCAGCAACUUUAGGCCUGAUGGUGUGGUUGUGACCUCGAUUUCUAAGCCUGGUGAAAAUUAUGGACUUCUGCAGUCUUUUGCACCUAACAUUGCCUUAACUUCAGCUGGAUCUAAUGGGUUUGAAUCUCCACUUCUGAGUGACCCUGGUAUGGAGGUGAAGACCAAAUUGGAUAUUGUGCAUCAAGAGCAACAUGCUGGGAGGGACGGCUCUGUAUCUGAGCAAUCUCUGGGAGACAUAAGAAACAUUGAAGUUCAUGAACCUAAAAAGGCUAGUGAGAAAAAAUCUAAGAAACAAAAAUCAACCAAGUCUCAGUCUUUUGAUCAAACAAAGGGAGUGGUAAAAAAUGUGACUUUGCAGCCAUCAAAGCAGUCAGAAGCUGAAAUGCCAAAAUCAAGUGAUUUUGGGGAACCUAAGAGGGUUAAAUCAUUGGAUGAAACAAAUAUGCAACAAACCAGAGUUAAAGGAACUCAGACUGGAGGUGCAGUCCCAGAGGCAGGUGAUCACCAUCGUGCUGGUGGCUGGACUGGUAUUGUUACUGGAAAGAUAACUGAAACAGUUGAUAUAGGUGAUGCCAAGGAAGCUAGUUCUAUUUUGACACAGAAAACUGAAGUACCUGCUGGACGAGCUUGGAAACCUGCUCCUGGUGUUAAACCAAAAUCUUUCUUAGAAAUUCAACAGGAAGAACAGAGGAAGGCAGAUACAGAAAUGCUUGUAUCUGACAUUGCUGUUUCUGUCAAUUCAAUGAGCCUGGCAAGUCCCUGGGCUGGAGUUGUGUCCAAUCCAGACUCUGUGAAGGUAUCUAGUGAAAGUCACAAAGAAGGAGGCAAUACUGAAAAUUUUGUUAAAUCUGAAAUUUCUCAACAUGUCAAAAGCAAGAAAAGUCCUCUACAUGAUCUAUUAGCAGAAGAAGUUCUAAAGAAAUCUAAUGAAUUAGAUGUUGAGGUUCCAGAUAGUAUAUUGCCCUCACAUAAUAUAGUUGUGCAAUUAGAAUCACUGGAUGAUGGCCAUUUUAUUGAGGCAAAAGAUACUAAAAGAAGCCGAAAAAAGACUGCAAAAUCAAAGGGUUCUGGAACUAAAGCUUCAUUGCCCAUUGCAUCUUCUGAUGUACCUGUAGCUUCAAGCCCCAAUGAAAAGGGAAAAAACUCGCGUUUGGUACAGCAGGAGAAAGAAGAAUUGCCUGUUAUCCCUGCAGGACCCUCUCUGGGUGAUUUUGUUCUUUGGAAAGGAGAUCGAGAACCAUCAAGCACCUCUCCUUCUCCAGCAUGGUCUACUGAUUCUGGUAGAGUUCCAAAACCAACUUCAUUGAGGGACAUUCUUAAGGAGCAAGAGAAAAAGGCCUCUUCUGCAAUUCCUGUAAGCCCAAUGCCUCCCCCUCAGAAAUCUCAGCCUACCCAGUCUACACGUAGUAGUCUAUCUUCAUGGUCAGUUUCGGCAUCCUCUCCAUCUAAAGCUGCUUCGCCAAUUCAGAUAAAUACCCAAGCUUCUCAAUCAAAAUACAAGGGAGAUGAUGACUUGUUCUGGGGUCCAAUAGAGCAAUCUAAGCAGGAUGCCAAGCAGUCGGAUUUCCCACAGCUUGCGGGCCAAGGGAGCUGGGGUACGAAAAAUGUACCGUUGAAAGGUAAUUCUCCUGGACUAUUGACAAAACAGAAAUCAGUGACAGGAAAACCAACUGAACGGUCUCUAGCAUCAUCACCUGCCUCUUCUCAAUCAAUGCUGAAAUUGAAAAAAGAUGCCAUGACAAGGCAUUCUGAGGCCACGGACUUCAGAGAUUGGUGUGAGAACGAGUGUGUUAGGCUUAUUGGGACAAAAGUGUUUAUUUUUUGUGGGACGGGCGUUGUGUUUAUUGCAGAUACAAGUUUCCUUGAAUUUUGCUUGAAGCAAUCCAGAUCGGAAGCUGAGAUACUUCUUAUAGAAAACCUUGGAUCCUAUGAUCCCGACCACAAAUUCAUUGAUAAAUUCCUGAAUUGCAAGGAGCUGUUACCGUCAGAUGUUUUGGACAUUGCUUUUCAGAAUAGGAAUGACAAGAAAGUUACUGGACAUGGACCAGCUGAGACAGGUUUAGCUAAUGCAGAUAUUCAGGAUGUGGAGUGCACUGAAGGAUCCUCUAAAGGUGGUGGAAAGAAGAAAGGUAAGAAGGGGAAAAAGGUCAGCCCUUCAGUUUUGGGAUUUAACGUUGUGAGUAACCGGAUCAUGAUGGGGGAGAUCCAGAAUGUAGAAGAUUAA